AUGGCACAAGUGUCCAACAUGCAGAUAUUCUCCUUCAAGACGAUGAAUGGUGCAAACUCUUCAGAUUCACACCUGUCCUCAAAAACUUUACAUUCUAAAGUAGAAGACAACUACUUAAGGGAACUGAAUGAGGACUUAAAGUUAAGGAAGCAGGAACUGCUAGAGAUGCUUAAACCCUUAAAAGAUAAAAAUAACCCCUUAUGCCAGAAGUUAAUAUGUAACUUGGAAGAAAAACAAAGAAGUCUCCAGAUCAUGAGGCAAAUCAUGGCAGGAAAGGGAGCUGACAAAUCCUCAGUUGUAGAGCUCAUCAAGGAAGCAGAAGAAAUGAAGCAGAACCUAGAAAGGAAAAACAAGAUGCUUCGGAAGGAAAUGGAGAUGUUAUGGAGAAAGACAUUUGAAAAAGAAGAAUCCAGUGCUCAACCAAAAGCAACACAGAUAAAAAACAAGACUGACUCGCAGGAUGGAGAGGCUCCAAAAAGCCCUUCCUCAACUAGGAAGACCAGGAGUAACCCAGAGACACCGUGUACGGAGAAGGUGAAGGAAAUAAGAAGGGAAAAGCAACAAAGGAAAAUGGAGUGGGUCAGGUAUCGAGAACAAACCAACAUCCUUGAGAAUGACUCUCAUGGUAAGGUGAUUGAGCUGAAAAUUGAAGCCUUGAAGAACUACCAGAAAGCCAAUGACCUGAAAUUAUCAUUGUACUUACAGCAGGAUUUUGAGCCAAAACAAGCAUUCUUAAGUCUUCCUGAGACUCAAGGUACCACAGGCAGUGCAACUAAAGACAGAGAAACCACAGGCAAAAAUGAAUUCAGUGUGAGAAAUCUGGAAUCAAACACCAACACAGGACAUCAAGGAACGAAAGUAAAUCAGUGUGAUGAUGUAGGAGAGAGGCUCUUUGUUCUCAGGCGCCGCCGUCCUGUCACCCACGCGGCUUUCGAAGCCACCUCCAGCUUGCUCGGUGCCUUCAGAGGGACGGACGGCCGCUCGGGAGAGCUCCGCACGCCGAGCCACCUCCCACCCGCACCGAGUGGCUCGGCCGCCCGCGGGGAGAGCCAGUCCCAGGAGGCUGACUACGGACGAGACGCCGAGCUCGGCAGGGGAUUGCUUCUGUCUGGGGCUCGGCUGAAGCCGCUUUCGUGUCUGGCGCGCACCCGCACCGCGUUCUCUCAGCCAAUCCGGCGCUACUCGCGCGCCCAGCCGCUCCGGGUCUCGCGCUCUCCGCAGAACGGCUUUAGUCUCUUGGGCCUCACACUGACGCUUCCGCCCGCUUUUCCCGGAGCAUCUGCCGCGUCCCCUACCCCAGCGCCCUGUCUCCGGCCAGCCUCGGGGUCGCGCUCCCAGGCUCCGCCCCCUUCGGCUCGCGCACCCGGGGCCCGGCUUCUCUCCCACUCAGGCCGCUAA